CUGAGUAAACAUAUUUGAAUGUAUUUACUGUUUGUAAAGAUCUUUAAAAAUACUCUAAAUAAUGUCUGAGAUGGAAGUUACAGAGAGUAGCAAUGAUUGCUCAAAUGAUCUAUUGCUUCUUGAUCGUGUGUUUCUCCGCCUGGGAAAUGCCGAUAGUGAUGAACAGUUGGAGAGUUGUCUUAACCGAUUCCUACCACCUGUAAUGUUGAAGUUAUCAUCACCUUUUGAACAGGUUCGCACAAAAGUGAUGGAAUUGUUAGUUCAUGUAAAUAAAAGAGUGAAGUGCAGAUCCGAUGUCCAGUUACCUGUUGAAACUUUACUGCAAUUGUAUCGAGACCCAACUGCCAACAGCUUCAUUAUUAAUUUCUCAAUCAUUUAUAUAACAAUGGGAUUUCCGAGAUUGCCUCGAGAGCUGCAACUGAAGUUAGCCCCUUCGCUACUGGAAUCUAUUGAGAACAGACCUCAAGGACAUCAAGAUCAAUUAUUGAUGUUGGUCAUCCCUCUGCUUGCUGAUAUAAAAGAAUCAGACCUUAAUCUGAAAGCAAAACCAAAGGUCGCUACUUUAAUUCUUAAAUUUGCAACAGAUGUCCUUUUGUUACCAUACAGGGCUCUGCCCAACGCAGGAGAGAGUGAUUUUCAAGUGCCACCAGGUAUGAGCGUCAAAUCAUAUAAAAGGAUUGUUGAAAAGAAUCAGCUGAAUCCAAACCAAUUAGAGGAAAUGAAAUUGUCUAUAGUGAAUUUUAUUAGCAAGGAUAUAUUUAACAUGAAUGAUAUUCUGUUAACACUGAUUGUGGCUGCAGCUGAUUCUAGGUUCAGUGUUGCCAACCACGCCAAUAGCCCCUUGAUAAGAGUUAAUAGUUCUGUAGAUUGGUCGCAACCAUCAAUAGUGGCACCCUUGUACUCUUUAUAUUUGGGUACUUGGGGUGGAUUGAAAGUACCUCCAGAUGAUCGCAAGGUACCCGCAUGUACGAGACUUCGUCUAAAACUUAUCCAGUAUUUGAAUAAAGCUACUGGGCCUGCUAUUAUGUUCCCACAUUGUGUACAAGUUGUAUUUUCUUCGUUAUUUGACCCCAAUACUAAUUCACGGUUGAGGAAUAUGGCGCUUAUGUUUUUGUUGAAUGUCAUCAAUAAUGGUGAUCAAGUACAACUCAAAAAGGUAGCCACAGUAUUUCUCCAAGGUCUGUUAAAGUUGGUACGAGCUGAAGAACACGCAGAACAUCAUCAGAAAGCUUACAUGUGUUUGGGUAGACUAGCAAUGAAGUCCCCAGAAUGCUUCAGUAACCAGUUUGCGUUGCUCGAAGAAUUGGUAAAGAAGAUUCCAGAAGCUGUUCCCGAAAUUAAGACGGCAUUGAGAGAUGCAUUGUUGGAGAUGGCUGUGGCUUUUAAAAUUAAUAGUGAAGAGAAAACAGAAGAUAAAGAACAGUCGUCUUCUGGAGCGGGAACGUCACGAGAUGAAAAAAUGGAUACAGAUGAAGUAACCGAAAAGAAUACUAGUCCAUUCAACCAGCCGCAAGCAUUAGCACUGUUUGCGCUUUUGGAUCAUUACAUGCACAGCGAAGAGCCAAUGAUACGUUACGUCGCGAUGAGAUAUUCAGCUGCUGUGUUCCCUCAGGACUAUAUUCCUUCUAGAUAUCUGCUAUUGCUGGCCAGUGGAGACAGCCAAGACGAUAUAUCAAACGAAGCACUAAAAUGUUUAUACGGAACGUCACGGCCGAAUGAAAUAGAUGACGUCGUUAACAACGUGUCGAAGAAAGAGACAACAACAGUCAACCUAGAUGAAGAUUCCUCCAAGCGAGACAAGGACAAAGUACAGGAAGAUGUGUUCAAAGCGCCGAAGUUUAACGAAAUGUUGAAUUAUAUUUGGGAACAAAUGCAGAAACGAAAGAAGGGCUCGAACUCUAAGCAUAGGUUUGUUAUUGGAAAUCAGGUUUUGCAGUUUCAUCCUCAGACUUAUCAAGAGAUAUUACGCUACUUCCGGAUGUGUCUCAACCAUGACGCGAAUCUCAAAGACUGUUCCAAUCAUCCGAAUGCGACAUCACCUUUAUUGACCAAAUACCUGUAUAGUAAUCUGCUUGAAUCUGAAGUUUUGGAGAGAUAUUUGGCAAUGAUCACCUCUUUGCUUAAUGCUAGCCCAGGUGUGAUGCCGCUCACAUGUUUCCUAGACAUAGUGGGAUGUGUGCCCGACGAAAUGGCGCCAAAAUACACGUCACUUCUACCAUUCUUACUGAAUCUCUUAACAACCAGUACCAAGGAGGAGAUCCGCGAAACGGCAGCGACAAUUUUCGCGAUAAUUACAGUACAUACAAGCGAGAAAUCCGCGAUAGAUAAACAGAUAAAGGAGUUCGUGGUACAGGGUGUGAAUAAUAAAAGUUUGGAAGCGCAGUGUGGGUAUAUAGCUGCGUUCACUAAUAUGUGCGAGCGGUGUAUAAUGCAGUAUCGGAAGGGCAAGUUCGGUGGUAAAGGCUUCAAUCCAGUUAAUUGGGAGCCUUAUCAAGAAGCAGCUUUGUGUUUAGCAAAUUUCCUCUCCAACUCGCAAUCAUUGCUAGUCGCGACAUCUGUAACGGCUGUAUCCCUACUAGUGCGAUGUUCUGCAUUACCAUUACCAAACAGUUCUUCAAAACAAGACGCGCUCAUACAAAGCGAUAAUCCCUUCAACAUAAAAGCAGAAGCGAAUGAUAGUGAUGACGUCACAAAGUUCCUCGUCGCUGAUAGGCUGUUCAGGAUUGUAGGGAAUGCCAAAUUGCCGACCAAAGUUAAAGAGAGGUCGUUGUAUACGCUAGGCCUUAUGUGCUGUGGGGAAAGGUUGGUUUUCGCGAAGCAGAUUGUUAAAGGCUUCCUGCAAAUGGCUAAAGAUAGCAAAGAAUUCGAGAUCCAUCUACAAAUCGGUGAAUCAUUAGUUCUGUGCGUAGAAGGCGUAAACUCAAAUGAAAAACGAGACUUGUGGACAGAAUUGCCAAAGGAGGGAGACGCGAAAAUAAGAGACGCGGAGGCUUUGAAAGAAAACGAUGAACUAUUAAGCUGGCUGUUACAAGAAUUGUUUAAGAUUGGCAGACACCCACAUCCACAUUCUAGACAGGCAACAAGCAUCUGGUUAUUGGCUCUUCUAAAGAAUUGUCCAGAAAGGUUACCAAUAAAGAAUUCACUGCCGAAACUACAAGACGUAUUUAUGGACUACUUGUCAGAGAAUAGUGAUAUCGUUCAAGACGUAGCCAGCAAAGGUCUCAGUCUUGUGUAUCAGAAUUCCGAUGAAAGCCAGAAACAAGCGCUAGUCGCUCAAAUCAUCGACCAAUUGACGAUGGGCAAGCGAUCAGUGGCACAAGUCACUGAAGAUACCAAGAUAUUUGAGGAAGGACAGUUGGGAGCAGCGCCUACUGGCGGAAAUUUAUCAACCUACAAAGAGCUCUGUUCGCUGGCAUCAGAUCUGAAUCAACCGGACUUAUUGUACAAGUUCAUGCACUUGGCUCAUCACAAUUCUGUUUGGAAUUCUAAGAGAGGUGCGGCCUUCGGUUUCCACUCCAUAGCACUGCAAGCUGGUGCACAACUAUCAGAACACUUGCCCAAAAUAGUGCCGCGUCUUUAUCGUUACCGAUUCGAUCCGACACCGCGGAUACAAAACUCGAUGGCGAGCAUUUGGCACGCUAUUGUGCCGAAUACGCAGGCUACGGUACAAAAAUAUCACAAAGAAAUAUUGGCGGAUCUCGCAACCAACCUUACUUCUAACCAAUGGCGCGUCAGAAUGUCUUGUUGCAAUGCUCUCUCAGAUUUACUAAGGGGUGCAAAGAGCCUCCACGAGUCGUUAGAACAAUUGCCAUCUAUCUGGUGUCAACUUUUCCGCGUGAUGGACGACGUGCACGAGGGCACUCGGCAAGCAGCCACCUCUACUGCUAAUGUGCUGUCUAAACUAUGCAUCCAAGCGUCUGAUGUGAGUCAGGGUAAAGAUGGGAAGGAGAUAGUGUCGGCCAUUUUGCCGGUACUAUUGGAUACAGGGAUCACUAAUCUAGUCAAAGAAGUGAGGAGUGUGAGUCUCCAAACAGUAUCUAAGCUGGUAACAGCAGCGGGCAGCAGUCUCACACCAUUCCUCAGCAAGCUAGUGCCCGCGCUAGUAGCGGCGGCGGGCGAGCUCGAGUCCGCUAAACUGUCUUACCUUAGUACAGCACUAGCGGAUAGUGGUUCAAGGGAAAUGUUGGACGAUUUGCGCGCUAGUGCUACGAGACAGCAUUACACUACGGACACUGUUGUUAAGUGUAUGCCAUUCAUAGACAUAGAGGCGAUGAAAGAAAUGCUCCCAAAGAUUCUAGAACUUGCCAAGUCACCACAACUAGGUACUAAAGUGGCCUGCGCACAUUUCCUAGUGUUAGCCGCACACUAUCUAAGGGCAGAAUUGGAGCCAGUUGCUGGAAAGAUUAUGACCAAUUUGUUGAAUGGCACCUUUGAUAGGAACGCAACUGUAAGAAAGAAUUAUGCGGAGGCGCUGGGACAAGUGUCGGCGUUUGCUAAACCGCAAUCCAUCGAAAAGUUAAUGAAAAAGUUGAUAACCCUCUACGAAACAAAAGAGGAUGAUUCUGCGAGGUCAGCCAUAGCCCUCACGUUGAAGUCUAUCGCCAAAGCCAAGAUAGAACACAUUAAAGACAAUGAGGCCAUACUAGCUCCUAUUGUGUUCUUGGCCAUGCAUGCUCCUAAAGAUGAUGAUUCGAAUACAGUGGAGAUGUUCGAAGAGAUAUGGACGGACAUAAGCCCGGGUCGGGAGAGCGGCAUCAAACAACACUUGCCCGCGCUACGGGAAGAAAUUGAGAAGGCGCUUAAUUCGAGCAGUUGGACUAAGAAAGUACAGGCGGCAAACGCAAUUAAAACAAUAAGCAAGGAGCUAUCGAGUGGUCUGGGCGAUCAACGGGAGGCGUUUAUUCGCUCGCUCCUCGCCGCAGUUCACGGGAAGACGUUUGAUGGGAAACAACAUGUUGUUGACGCGCUUGCUGAACUUUGCAGUGUAAAAGAAGGAGAAACACCCGUUUCCCAAGCGCUCAGCACAGAGUGUAUCAACGCUUUAUUAGUUGAAAGCAGAAAACAAGAGAUGGUGUACAAGAAGCACGCGAUCACAGCGCUCGGCUCCGCGCUCGCGGCCACCGGCUGCGAUGUGUUCCACCAAGUGUAUGAUAUCGUCAAGGUCAUACUGUCCAAGAACGAACACUCAAUGGACAAGGACUCCGACGAAGAAGAUAAUGAAGGCGCCCGCCAAAGGAGGGAACAGUUAGCGGCGCUUAAGGAAGCCGCUUACGAGCUGCUCGGGAAGGCGUGGCCUAAGAGCGCUGAUACACAGAGUAAAUACCAAGACGUGUUCUUCGGGCACUGCUCCCAAUCGUACCCCACAAGUUCCCGCUCCACGCAACUGGCGAUACUGUCGAGUGUGAGCCGCGUGCUCGAGCGGCUCGCGGCGCUCAACGAGGAGCCCAUGGACACCGACAGCCCGGCGCUCGGGGGCAGGGACCAGGCGAUUAGUGACGUCACCGCACAUGUCGCUACUAUCGUCGAGUUCACGCUUAAAAACAGUAACCAAGUGAGGCAUAGAAGAGAUGCGCUGAAUAUCAUGGAAAUAUUGAUAAAACGCCUAAAAGAUUUGAAGAAAACGGAAGAAAUCAACAAGCUAAAACAAAUUUACCAGACGUAUGCACAAGAUCUGUCAAAGGACUCGUCACACGAGCUACGGUCCAAAGUAGACAACAUUAAAGUGUUGUUCUAAUAAUGUAGUAAUUUAUUAACUAUUCCUUAAUAAAUGAAUGGAAAAUGAAA